UGGACCCGGGUCGGCGGCGAGGCCCCGCCCCGCGCGUCAUCAGUCCGCGCCGACGCAAGAAGUGACGACGGUCGUGGCGCGCGCCGGGCGCUGUUUCUUCUCAGGCUCCGGGACCGGCGGCAGCGGCGGCGGCGCAGGGUGUUUUAACUCAAAUGGGUGAUGAAAAGGACUCUUGGAAAGUGAAAACUUUAGAUGAAAUUCUUCAGGAAAAGAAACGUCGGAAAGAACAAGAGGAAAAAGCAGAGAUAAAACGCUUAAAAAAUUCAGAUGACCGGGAUUCCAAGCGGGAUUCCCUUGAGGAGGGGGAGCUGAGGGACCACCGCAUGGAGAUAACCAUCAGGAACUCGCCGUACCGGAGGGAGGACUCCAUGGAGGACAGAGGAGAGGAAGAUGAUUCUUUGGCUAUCAAACCACCUCAGCAAAUGUCUCGGAAAGAAAAAGCUCAUCACAGGAAAGACGAGAAGAGGAAAGAGAAGCGCAGGCACCGCAGCCAUUCAGCAGAGGGGGGCAAGCACGCGAGAGUGAAAGAGAAGGACAGAGAACACGAGCGCCGGAAGCGACAUCGAGAGGAACAGGAUAAAGCUCGCCGGGAAUGGGAGAGACAGAAGAGGAGGGAGAUGGCAAGAGAACAUUCCAGGAGAGAGAGGGACCGCCUGGAGCAGCUGGAGAGGAAGCGGGAGCGGGAGCGCAAGCUGCGGGAGCAGCAGAAGGAGCAGCGGGAGCAGAAGGAGCGGGAGCGGCGCGCGGAGGAGCGGCGCAAGGAGCGGGAGGCGCGGCGGGAAGGUGCGCGCGCGGGUGGGGGCCUCGCCCUGAGCCGCUCCCGCGGGUCUGCGCAUCACCGAACGACGAGAGAGGACUACGGCGAUAAGGGGAAGGCCGGCCACUGGAGCCGCAGCCCGCUCCGGCCGCCCCGAGAGAGGUUCGAGCUGGGCGACGGCCGGAAGCCAGUGAAAGAAGAGAAAGUGGAGGAGAGGGACCUGCUGUCUGACUUGCAGGACGUCAGCGACAGCGAGAGGAAAACCAGCUCGGCCGAGUCCUCCUCAGCGGAGUCGGGAUCAGGGUCGGAGGAGGAGGAAGAGGAGGAGGAGGAAGAGGAGGAGGAGGGCAGCAGCAGCGAAGACUCGGAGGAAGAGGAAGAGGAGGAGGAGGAGGAAGAGGAGGAGGAGGAGGAAGAGGAGGAGGAGGAGACGGGGAGCAACUCGGAGGAUGCGUCCGCGCCGUCGGCCGAGGAAGUGAGCGACGAGGCGAGCGAUGACGAUCGUGAGACCGAGAACCACGUCCUCAUGGUUCCAGAGUCCCGAUUUGACCGAGAUUCCGGAGAAAGUGAAGAAGGAGAGGAGGAUGCUGGCGAGGGCACCCCGCAGAGCAGCGCCCUGACCGAGGGGGAGUUCGUGCCCGACUCGCCCACUCUGUCGCCCAUCGAGCUCAAACAGGAGCUGCCCAAGUACCUGCCCGCCCUGCAGGGCUGCCGGAGCGUGGAGGAGUUCCAGUGCCUGAACAGGAUCGAAGAAGGCACCUACGGCGUGGUGUACCGAGCCAAGGACAAGAAGACAGACGAAAUCGUGGCUCUGAAGCGGCUGAAGAUGGAGAAGGAGAAGGAGGGGUUCCCAAUCACCUCGCUGAGGGAGAUCAACACCAUCCUCAAGGCGCAGCACCCCAACAUCGUGACGGUCAGGGAGAUAGUCGUGGGCAGCAACAUGGACAAGAUUUACAUCGUCAUGAACUACGUGGAGCACGACCUCAAGAGCCUGAUGGAGACCAUGAAGCAGCCCUUCCUGCCAGGGGAGGUGAAGACACUCAUGAUCCAGCUGCUGCGUGGUGUGAAGCACCUGCACGACAACUGGAUCCUGCACCGCGACCUCAAGACGUCCAACUUGCUGCUGAGCCAUGCUGGGAUCCUCAAGGUGGGAGACUUUGGGCUGGCACGGGAGUAUGGGUCCCCUCUGAAGGCCUACACCCCAGUGGUCGUGACCCUGUGGUACCGCGCCCCAGAACUGCUGCUUGGUGCCAAGGAGUACUCCACAGCUGUGGACAUGUGGUCCGUGGGCUGCAUCUUUGGGGAGCUGCUGACUCAGAAGCCACUGUUCCCUGGGAAGUCAGAAAUCGAUCAGAUCAACAAAGUGUUUAAGGACCUGGGGACGCCCAGUGAGAAGAUCUGGCCUGGCUACAACGAGCUCCCUGCGGUCAAGAAGAUGACCUUCACCGAGUACCCCUACAACAACCUGCGCAAGCGCUUCGGGGCCCUGCUCUCCGAUCACGGCUUCGACCUCAUGAACAAGUUCCUGACCUACUUCCCUGGGCGGAGGGUCAGCGCCGAGGACGGCCUCAAGCACGAGUAUUUCCGAGAGACUCCCCUCCCCAUCGACCCCUCCAUGUUCCCCACGUGGCCUGCCAAGAGCGAGCAGCAAAGGGUGAAGCGGGGCACCAGCCCUCGGCCGCCUGAGGGAGGCCUGGGCUACAGCCAGCUGGGAGAUGAUGACCUGAAGGAGACCGGCUUCCACCUCACUACCACCAACCAGGGGGCCUCAGCCGCGGGCCCUGGCUUCAGCCUCAAGUUCUGAAGUUCAGGGUGGACCCCAGACCAAUCUCGGGGAAUGCUGACUAUCCAGGGUCAGCUGGGACCAGGGGCAGGAGCUGGAGAAGGCAUCUGGGUCCAGACCCAGGUCUUGCCCCAGUUGGACACAGCUGCUUUGGCCCUUGCUGCUGUGAAUAGCAACCUCGAGACUUGGACCACUGGUUCUAUUCGGUUUUCCAUGUUUCAUUUUUAUUUUGUCUUGGUUUGUAAAUUUGUAGAAUUAAAUCAUUUCCUUGUGGAA